CAAUGCAAUUUCAAGCAAAAAAAAAACAUGCAGAUCUCUUCACACCAUUUUCUUGUUCCUUUCCUCUCUUCUCUGUAUGGGUCAUUAAAUUUUAGUGGGACCCAAUUGAUUCUGUUUGAGAUUUUAUUUUUGUGAUGCUUAUUUAACCCUUUCGUUUAAUUUGAUUAAAGUUUGCAAUUUUUUUUAAUGGGGUUGGUGUUUUUUUAUAUGUUUUACUAUUUGCUUUGUGUUUUUGGUGUUGGGAGGAAAUUCUGGUUUGUGGGGUUUGUUUUUGGGGACAAACGUUGAUGCUUUUAAUGUAAAUAUAAUUCUGUUGAAGUAAUUCGGGAGUUGUUUAAAUGAAAUGGGAAGGGUUGUUAUGUAGAGAUGUUGAGUUUGAGCCUUGAAGGAGAGUACGCUGUUUGUUUUGAGUGUGUUUAGAUGUGCUUAACUUUUUGUUUUGUUCUGUUUUUUUGUUCUUUUUGUGGAAGUUAAGGUUUAGGAACUAAUUGUAAUGUUUGGUUGAGAAGAUUGAAAUGAGAUAGGAAGAUGAAAAUGUUGGGAAUUCUGGACUAGAUGUUGAUAGGAAAUGUAAGGGAGUGAUAUUUUAUUUUUUUUAAGUUGAAGGUUCAUGUUAAGUUCAAUUCAAGGAAGGCAUAGCGAAAUGAGAUUUAAGAAAUUUGGUUUUUGAUAUUUAAAUGAGGUUUGAAUAGUGUGCUGUAGCGGCACAUCUGUUAGCUGCCUCUGCCGCAGAAUGCUUCUGGCAAUGAACCUUGUUUUAUUGGUCUUUUAUUGAGUUUGGAUAUUAAUAAGACUUCAAUGCUUAAACUUAUUUGAUUUUUUUAAUACUUUUUUUGGUAUUUACCUCUAUGAUUUGCAUAAGUACUAUGAUUUUUUUAUUGAUACUGAUCCACGUUUCAUGAAUUUUGAGUAUUAAGAAGUUGAGCAUAGCAGUCAUCAUGGUAUGCGCUAUCCUACUAUAGCGUUUUUGAGAUUGGCUGCUAUGUGCCUUUAUCUGAGAUUGAUAACUGUGCUUGUGUUCCUCUCCCUGUGUGAGAAUGGUGCCUUCCUUUGUUUAAUUUAAGUAGAAGUAAAAUGCGUUGAAUUUGUAUAGACAGUUUAGAUGUAUCUCAUGGAUUUAUUUUUAUGAGGAACAGCGUGGGAGUGAGCUUUAUUUCAGAAUCUACAUGUUUGUACACCAUGACAUUGUCUUGUAACCAAUAAAAGACGAGAAAGAGGGUAUCUGUUCUAAGUGCAAGGUGUAGGGGAAGGGGAAGAAAGAUUCAACAUCAUGUUAUUACAUUAAUUCCCCAGUCAUAGCUCAUAUUUGUCACAUAAUAUAAAUAAGAGUCAAUAAUAAUUAUUUUGACUGUUAGUUUUUUUGCUGCUUAUGGUAAUAUCAAUACUGUUUCUGUUUUAUCCAAUGUAAACUAAGAUAUCAAAAGCUUUACAUUCGGAGCGGUGUAGGCAACAAGGAAACAAUGAAGUACUGUCUUCCAAAUCUUCAAGGGCCAUAUAUUAGAUGGAAAAGAAACUAUUCUUGAUUGUUUUUUCAUGUUUUGUAAUGUUUGACAUUGUUGUAAAAAUGGAAAUGAUUUAUUGGUUAAUUGGGGUUAUUGUAAAAGGAAAAAUCUCUUUUUGAAGUAAAGUUCUAUCAUUCCAUAUAUAUUCGACUUACGAGAAAAGUACUCAAUAGCCUGCUAUAGCAACAUAGGAGCCAGUGGCUGAUAAUCGAAGUAUGUAGUGGAGCGUUUUGCUGUGCGGCUAUCAUGCCUGCUUUAGCGGGCACAAUCGCAGUUGUUCACACAAGGAAAAGAGAAUUUUAUAACUCAAUGAAGUAUGAGUAGAUGGCAGUCAAAGUUGAGGAUUGUCAAUUACUUCCUUUCAAUUAUUACAGGAAGGAUCCAUCCCUAAAAUCUGCAGUAUAAGUCGUUCGAUUUUCCUGGUUGUCAGUAAUGGAAAUGGGAACAGUGGACCCUUACACAACAAAUCCAGGUCCAAUUGAUGGUUCCGUGCUAUACGACCAAGACAAGCAUGUAUCAACUGCAGUUUGGGAAGGACAGCAGGAGCGCGGUGCCCUCAGAUGUCAUGAACACACUUCAAAACUUGAUCAGUGGACACUUACGCCUAAACAGAUUGAAUUGGUCGAGAAAGCCGGAUUUGGAUACUUAAGGUCAAUUCCGGCUAUUAGUCUAGACAAUCCACUUAUCUCGGCUCUAGUCGAAAGAUGGAGAAGAGAAACAAAUACUUUUCACUUGAAUGUCGGCGAAAUGACAGUAACCCUUAAAGACGUCGCGCUCUUGCUCGGUCUCGCAAUUGACGGGGAACCUGUAAUAGGUCUUACGUAUACCUCAUGCAGUUCUGUUUGCGAAAAGUAUCUCGGCAGAGUGCCCGAGUCGGGUUACACAAGCGGCGGGAUGGUGAAGUUAAGUUGGUUGAAAGAGUUCUUUUCUCGAUGUCCUGAAGAUGCACCAAUCGAAGUAAUAGAGCAACAUACCCGUGCAUAUCUUCUUUAUCUUGUAGGUAGCACCGUAUUCUCCACCACUACAGGGAAUAAGGUCCCUGUAAUGUAUUUGCCAUUAUUCGAGAAUUUUGUUAGAUGCGGGCAAUAUGCCUGGGGCGCAGCGGCGUUGGCAUUCUUGUAUAGAGCACUAGGAAAUGCCUCGUUAAAAACCCAAAGCACCAUUAGCGGCUGUUUAACACUACUGCAGUGUUGGAGUUACUUUCACCUAAAUGUUGGACGACCGAAACUCAAUCUUGAUUUGUUGCACGAUCGGUUUCCCUUUGUGCUUAGAUGGAAAGGAAAACAAAGUGGCCCGACUGCAAAUCGUGAUGUAGUGUUUUAUCGGAAGGCAUUGGAUUCCCUAAAACCGUGUGAUGUGGAGUGGCUACCCUACCGAAACAUGGACAGUAUGGUAAUUCCAGAUCAUAUCAAAAGCACUUUAAUCCUUGGGAGGUCAAAGACAAUGUUAAUAUGUUUUGACAAAGCAGAAAGACAUCUUCCGAAUCGAUGCUUAAGACAAUAUGGCAUGCUUCAAUCGAUUCCGGAUGAUGUGGAGCGAUGGGAGAGGAAGAGUCGCGGAGUUGACGGCGGGGUUGAUUUGUCCGGAAAAAUGGAAUCAGAGCUUACUGAAUGGAUGGACCGUCGGUUGCACAUCGUUGACGGGGAUGAAGGUGUUGAUGAAAGCGAGUAUAUGGAUUGGUAUAUGAGAAUAACGCGCAAGUUCAUAGGGAGGCCUAUUUCUCUGUCAUCCGAGUUUCAAAGAACAAAAAUAAACAAAUGCUUGCAGAAUGCUGGUCUGAGGGAUAUUGCACACAUUGCCGAUACUUUUUCGACAAAAGGGUUAGAUCCACUACAAAUUGAAUCGAUAUCUAGGAUAAGAUAUAUCGCACAUGAAUGUUUGAGAGACCAAAUCAGUGGUUCAACAACAAUAGUAACAGCCACCCCUGAAACUGAAAAAAGAGUAAGGGGAAAGGAGAGGAUUAGAAGAAAAGGAGCAGGAAAACGAUUGCGGAAGGACGGUGCAAUGCAAUAUAGUGUUGUUAGCGAGGAUGAACAACCCCAGUUCUAUGGCACUGCUAUUGAGGUCGGACAAUUGCAUCUAAGUCAUAUGAAUAGAGAAUUGGAUCAUGCGCAAUUAUGUACCGUGGAAACUGCAGUUAGUUCUGUCCAUAUGAUUCAUGCAGAUGCUGAGAACAUGCACCUCUGCGAUGCACAUCUCGGGGUUGAUCAAUCAGAACUAGGCUACGAAGACGAUGAAAACGAUGACGAUGUAGCUGCUGAGUUUAACCACCAUGGAGAUCUAAAGCAGGAAGCUGACGAGGAAAUAAAGGAAGAGCUUAACCAUAUAACCGGUGAGGAAAAUAUUGAUGAGCUGCAUGCGGCCACCGACAUUCAUCAAGAUCUACAACCGUGUGAUCAUAUGGUGAUAGACGAAUCACAGUUUUGUGAUGUAAGUCACGAUGAUAUUGACAACGCGGCUCUUUCAGAUGACGCGGCAGAUGUCAAUCACACACAUUUCGGUGAUAUUGACGAUAUCAAUUCACAAGAAAUCAAUCCAACUGAAGAUUUUGUUAAUUCUCAACUUUCUCAUGUUGUUAACAAUGAAAUUGAACCAACACCAUCUGCUACUAUAGCAGCAAUAGAAGUGUCUCAACAUUCUAUUGAAACUCAUGGAGAUAUUUCACAGAAAGGUGAUUGUAGUGUUGCUGUAUAGAAUGAAAAUAGCUUACACUAUUUGUAGAGAAUCAAAAUUUUUUAGGCAGAAGACUCAAUUCCAUGAUGAGGUGAUCAUCGUUGCCAUGUAUAAUUAGUUAUAUUCAUUUUUUGAUACCUAGCUUGCAUUUCCUUGCAUAUUAGUGUGUUAGUGGAUCAUUAAUAACAAUCA